AUGUUUCGCCCGGGCCGGCUCCAAGCGGCCCCGAACGUGUGGAAACGGGCUCUUUCCAACUUCGAGUCGCGCAUCGCGCGCCACGAGACCUCCAGCGACGACAAAAAGGACCUAAUUCUCACGAUCCUCAGCAGCACAGCCACCAAGCGCGAGGCUCGUAACUACCUGUCCAAGUAUCCUCUCCUCAAGGAGAACGACAUCUACCAGAGCCACAGACGCAUUCUCGACAGCGACGUUGUUUCCCAGACCAGCAAACACGACAAGCUGAUCAACGAUUUGCUGCUCAAGCACUCGGCCAGGAGCGACAUCCAGCUGCCGGAGCCACGCCACAAGCCAGAGAUCCAGCUCUCGGACACGCUGCGCGUCGCCUUGAUCAGGAUCCCGACCCCCCGGCGGCUCGACCCGGAAACUUUGCGGGGCAUCGCUCUGACCCUGCGGAAAUUGGUGCAGCUGGGCGUGUCUCCGGUUUUGGUGCUCGACGGAAAGCAUCAGAUAAAAGCCAGCGAAUCUCGGCUUCGGAUAGUCAACGACUUUGUGCACCAGUGCGACACGCUAAUCCAGACCCUGCAGACAGAAAAUCUGCAGGCACGCACUGUCAGGGGCCUUUUCGAACAGGAGAACUUCUCGCUGCCCGAGCUGUUGGUAGUGCCGCUGUUGCACGGCAUAGUUCCAAUCAUAUUCCCGACAACGGUCAAGAAAGAUAGCACAGAGGAGGUUAUGACGCCGUUCGAGACACUGGAGCGUCUGGUUUCGAACCUGUGUGGCCUCAACGAGGCGUAUCGUCGCAACAACGCAAAUGACCUGCUCACCGUCGAGAAAAUCAUCUAUCUCGAGGACCUCGGCGGGAUCCCGUCGUUGGAACGGUUCCAGUCGAGUCACGUGUACAUCAACCUGCUCCAGGAGUACAACGACAUCAUUUCAGAGCUCUACAUCGGCCAUCUAGACUCGUCGGUCAGAGACGUGCAUGUGCAGAAUCUCACGGAAAUGAACCAGCUGCUGGCGAUCCAGCCGGCGGCCACGGGGCUGAUCACGACGCCAGACAUUGCCACGCUUCGUCACGGCACGCGCACUACCAACCCGAUCAUCUACAACGUCCUCACAGACCGUCCGACCAUCUCUUCGUCGCUACCGGUAAAUUUGAAAAAGACACCGCAGCUCAACACCACCGUGAUCAAACGCGGCACACCGCUCACGAUCCAUCUCUCCGACGACCAGCCGGACGGCAAGGGCAUCGAUUUAUUGGAGUUCGACCGACAGAAAAUCAUCGACCUGAAUAAAUUAACUCAUCUUAUAAACGACUCGUUUGGCAAGACCCUAGACCUCGAGCACUACCUGAACCGAGUCAACGGCAACAUCGCGGCCAUCAUCAUCGCAGGCGACUACGAGGGCGGCGCAAUCGUCACCUGGGAGUCUGCAGGCGGGCGCAGGGUGCCAUAUCUCGACAAGUUCGCUGUGCUGCGCAAAUUGCAAGGCAUCCCCGGCAUAGCAGACAUUGUGUUCAAAUCACUGCUGCUCGCGUACCCAGACGAGCUGCUGUGGCGCUCCAGACAAAAUAACCCGCGAUUACUGCAUUCCCAACACCAACUGGAGAUUGUUUUUUAG